UUCUGCAGGAAAGUGUCCUGUGCUCACGGCGCGCGUUGAGUGAGCACAGUACACAUGUAUCAUGUCAUAAAUCGAAAGAGGAAGAAUCCGAAAUUCAGGUGACAUGGAUUUGUAGGGACUGGAGAGAGUGGGUGAAGCUGAGGAUCUCUGAGGAAGGAUUUCUGGAGCUCAUAAAACCAAAUCAAGGAAAAUAUGGGGCUCCUGCAGCUGCUGAAAUCUCAGUUCCUGUGCCUCCUGAUCAUGAGCUACGUGUUCCUGGUGAGCGGCCUUGUUGUCAACCUGCUGCAGCUCUGCACUUUACCUUUGUGGCUGGUCAGCAAGCAGCUGGCUCGCAGGGUCAACAUCCGACUGGGUUACUGCAUCUCCAGCCAGUUGGUAGCAGCCCUGGAGUGGUGGUCUGGGACAGAAUGCACUCUCUACACUGACCCAAAAAGCUACGUACUCUAUGGAAAAGAGAACGCUAUUGUGGUUCUGAACCACAGUUUUGAGAUUGACUUUCUGUGUGGCUGGACCUUCUGUGACAGAUUUGGAGUACUUGGGAGCUCUAAAGUGUUGGCCAAAAAGGAGCUGGCUUAUGUGCCYGUGAUCGGCUGGAUGUGGUAUUUCCUGGAGAUAGUUUUUUGCAAAAGGAAGUGGGAGGAAGACAAAACAACGGUGACUCAGAGUCUUCAGAAACUCCAUGAUUACCCUGAAAAGUUUUGGUUCCUGCUUUUUUGUGAAGGAACACGCUUCACAUCGAAGAAGCACCAAAUCAGCAUGCAAGUGGCCGAGAGCAAAGGUCUGCCAAAACUGAAGCACCAUCUUCUGCCCAGAACCAAAGGAUUCUGGGUCACUGUCCAAAACCUCAGAGGCACUGCUGCUGCCGUUUAUGAUUCAACACUCAACUUCAGGAACAACGAGGCACCGACUCUGCUCGGAGUUCUCUCAGGGAAGAAAUACCACGCUGAUUUGUAUGUUAGGAGAAUUCCUCUAGAGUCGAUUCCAGAAGAUGAGGCAGAGUGCUCUGCUUGGCUCCACAAACUUUACCAGGAAAAGGACGGCUUCCAGGAUCACUACUCCCAGACGGGACGGUUCCCCGGCCCCGUUAUAAGCCCACCGCGUCGACCGUGGUCCCUGAUCAACUGGAUCUUCUGGUGCUGCGUGACGCUCUACCCUCUGGGUCUCCUCCUCAACCAGCUCAUCAGCUCCGGAUCGGUGUUCACCAUCGUUUCUGCCGUGGCCGUGUGCUCCGCAGCAGCAGAUAUGACUUCUCUGAUUUUCUGUGGGAAUACGCUGGAUGAUUGGCCAGACUGAGAUUGGCAGAAGUUCAAAUUACGGUACCAAGGAGACCCCGCUAAACAACAACUGAGACUAAUUUCGAGAGACGCCUCUUUGCAGAGCUUCUACUCUGAAAGCUGCCAGCUGAGGAAUUGGUAUUUGCUAGUCAGAGAGAAAGACAUUUGGUUUGAGUACAGAUUAAGCAGGAUCUCAGUGCUGCGCUGCAGGAGCUGAAAUAUAUGAGAGGUGUGACKGUGUGGCGAGCAGCAAAAGAUGCUAAAAAUGUAAUGUUCUCUGAUCUGAGAGGAAAUAAUUCAGCAGAGACGCAGGAAACUUUAAGAGUGAAAGAAAACUUUGAAUUAAAAUAAGGAAAAUAUGAAUGAUGAGUUAGAUUAAAAUGWAAUGCACUGAUGGCAUUUUUAUGAUAAAGGAUAAUAAAAGUUUCACCUGAAAACGCAA